GACGUCAUUUUAAAGCGACCCAACACGUCUUCACGUGGACUCUGGUGUAACUGUAAACAUGACUAUGAUGGGCUUUUGUGGAGCUUGGCUUAUUCUAAGCUGUGAUAAGAAACUCAUGGCGUUUCACCGAAAGGAGAGCAGAGAACCGUUCGUGUUUGAUUGCAGCUGUUCUGAGAAGAACCCAAAAAGUUUAAAGAAGGACAACAGCAGUGAUGGUGGUCCCUCAGAGGAAACAGGAAGUGACAAGGUCAUCUCCUUUGUGGUGUCUCCAUCAGAAAAACUAGUAGCAUUAACUGAUGACUCCAAACGGCUGAUUCUGUUUGAAUGUGAGCCUUUAUGGUGCUGCAUCAGCAUCAGGUGGGUGGUCAGGCGGUGCACGUCUCUGGUAUUCAACCCCGCAGAAGAUGAGCUGCUGGUGGCUGAUAAAUCAGGAGAUGUGUACUCUUUUUCUGUGGUGGAGCCACAGAGGGAGGGGGAGCUGAAGAUGGGCCACCUGUCAAUGCUGCUUGCUGUGACCAUGUCACCAGAUGACAAUUACAUCAUUACAGCUGACCUUGAUGAGAAGAUCAGAGUGAGUCAUCACAGGUCCCCAUACAACAUCCAAUCCUUCUGCUUGGGACAUCACCAGUUUGUCAGCGCUCUGCAGAUACCGUCAAACCAUUCACACUGGCUGCUGUCUGGAUCAGGG